CAGCAGAAGAAGAAACCGGAACACGUGUUUGUCGCAACGAGGAUCAGCUGGAGAAGUUUAUAUCUGAAAAAGCAGCGGAGUCUGGUUGUGUUUGUUUUCUGUUCUGUCUUUUUUACAUCCGCUUUGCUGUUGCGGGAUGACGAAGGUGAAGAAGGAGAAGGUGGAGGCGGAGGAGGCUGCUGGAGCCCCCGAGAAGUCCUACCAGGAGCUGAUCGCCAACCUCAACGCCAUCGCUCAGCCGCUGGCCUCCAAGAAGCUCAGCAAGAAGCUCUACAAGUGCGUCAAGAAGGCGGCCAAACUGAAGAACAUCCGGCGAGGAGUGAAGGAGGUCCAGAAGUUUAUCAACAAGGGAGAGAAGGGCCUGGUGGUGUUGGCGGGCGACACGCUGCCCAUCGACGUCUACUGCCACCUGCCCGUCCUGUGUGAGGACCGCAACCUGCCGUACGCCUACAUCCCGUCCAAAGUGGAUUUGGGUUCGUCAGCGGGCUCCAAGAGGCCGACCUGCGUCAUCCUCAUCAAGCCUCACCAGGACUACCAGGAGGCGUACGACGAGUGUGCGGACGAGAUGAGCAGCCUGCCCAAACCGCUGUAGCCCGGCGGCCUGACGGCGGGGCCGCGGAGGUUUUUGAGUUUUUGAUUUUGUAUAAAAGCUGAUGUUUGUUUUUUAAAUAAAAGAUGUG